GAACGACUGACAAACAUGUAGCGAGUCGGCAGAUGUUCAACUGAUCAGAAUGAGCCGCUGAACUGUCAUAAACUACAAAUCAUGGGGUUCAUCAUUCAAAGACAGUGUUCUGUAUUGGAACAUUUAGAUAUAUAUUAUUAAUCACUAAUUGACAGAGGCGGGUUGUCCUCCCUCUCUUAUUUGUUUACGUCUAGUUUCAUUUUUAUAUUAAUUUAUCGUCGCGAUGGAUUACCUGCUACAGGUGAAAGUUGGAGCUCUGGUUGGGGUGCUGGUUUUAACUUUGAUUUUUGGUUUCAUCCCAGCGCGGAUGAAAUGGUUUCGAGAGUCUAGUGGAACAGAAACCCACAGGGCCGUGCUGAGUUUUGUGAGCUGCUUCGCAGGUGGUGUCUUCCUGUCAGCCUGUUUGUUAGACAUCAUCCCAGACUACCUUUCCGACAUACGUGAUAAGCUACAAAAACAAGGCCUUGAUGAGGGCUUCCCGCUUGCAGAGUUCAUCAUAGCAUGUGGCUUCUUCACAGUCUUGAUCCUGGAAAAAAUGGUUCUGAGCUGCACCGAGGGCCACAGAAAUGAGGAGACGGCUCCUCUUUUAGCUCCCGCAGGUCACGGGCAUGCCCAAGGGCGUCACUCGCUGAAUGAUCUGGAGAGCAGCGGUCACCACGUCCACGUGGAUCUUCACGCGCACUCGUCCUUCCGCUCCUUCAUGCUCUUCUUGUCUCUUUCUCUUCACUCUGUGUUUGAAGGCUUGGCCAUUGGGUUGCAGACCACGGACACUAAGGUGUUGGAAAUCUGUAUCGCUAUCCUGGUCCACAAGAGCAUCAUUGUCUUCAGUCUGUCUGUGAAGCUGGUUCAGAGCGCGGUCAGGCCCAUGUGGGUGGCGCUCUACGUGACCGUCUUCGCUGUGAUGUCUCCUCUCGGCAUUGGCGUCGGCAUCUCGGUGAUCGAGGCUCAGCUGGAGUCCGGGGCUUUCAUCCAGGCGGUGCUGGAGGGGCUGGCGGCUGGGACGUUUGUCUACAUCACCUUCUUAGAGAUCCUUCCCCAUGAACUGAACUCCCCUGAGCGGCCUCUGCUCAAAGUGCUUUUCCUCUUGUGUGGUUUCUCAGUAAUGGCUGGUCUGUGUUUCCUGGGCUGAAAAACACUUUUCAUUUUUUCGUGCCCCGUGACCAGAACGCUAGAGCUCCGAGGAAAUCACGCUCAGUGAGAUUUCGUAAACUGCAUGUGAUUUUAAGAAAACAAAAGGCACAGUUUCCUUGUUUUGUAGAGGAACUGAUUUAUACAAGCACAAAGAUGCUGAUGUUUUCAAAAAACUUUUACCAGAUCAGUUUUCAGUUUUAAAUGACUUUUAUAGUGGAGAAACAUUUCAGCAUUGAGGAACAUAGUAUUUGACAUGCAAAUGGAGACCUUUUUUUACUUAGCCGUUUUUUUUUAACUUAACACAUUUUAUCAGUGAAUUUGUUUCCAUGCCAUUUUUGUGUUUUCUCAUUGACUUUCAUAACACUAUCCAUAAACUACCAACAUUUUUAUUCAUUUUUAAAUCAAUUUUUAUUCAUUUUCAAACAUUAUGAACACUGACUGAAAUAUUUCUGUAUGUUACAUACAGUUAUUCAGUAUAUACACAUGUCCCGUUCCCCUUUGCGUGCCACAUUUCCUGCAAAUUCAACAGGCAGCCAAAUGUUUUGACUGAAUAUUUUGGACUCGUGAUCAUGUAAAUUAUUUGAUGAGAUUUCACAGUAAAACGAGACAAAAUGGGCUAACUAGUAUUGUUUAUUUUUAAAGAACACAUAUAUACACAUUCCAUAAUCAUAAUAAUAUGUGCAAUAUAAGCAAUAUAAAUAUAUUUGCAUUUCAAACUAGUGAAAACAGCAUGCAGUUUUAGUGUUUUGCUUUUGGCAAAUGGCAUGUUACUGAUUCAAGUGAUUUUACUACACUAGCACUAAAUCAUCUGAAAGUUAAUGUUUAAGUAUUUUAAAUGACGUCAGUGGCUUUCGUUUAGUUUGCUUUGUUUUAACACGCUGUGGGGUAGUAAAAAGAUGUGAAAAAUGGUUCAAACUUGCAAUACCACAUUUAGCCUCCAGGUGUCAGACUUGUACACAAUGUCGGUAAAGUAUUGACUGUGUUUGGAAUUGCAUGCUACUUGUAUGUAGAAGAUGAACUUGCUACUUUUGUCAAAAUGACAGAGCUCAAGCUUGAGAAAUUGUAUCCCACAAUGCAAUGUGCUAAACUUUCUUUUUCCAGUGUAAUGAACCUGUAAUCUUA